AUGAAGACCAGGACUCCUCCUACCCUGAACGUUCCAUGUGCUGGCUGCAAAAGGUUACGGCGAAAAUGCACGGCCGACUGCAUCUUCGUGCCGUAUUUUCCGGCAACCGAACCGGAGAAAUUCGCUGAAGUGCAUCGAGUUUUUGGCGCCAGCAACGUGACCAAGAUGCUUCGAGAUAUUCCCGUGAGCCAGAGAGGGGACGCAGUCAGCAGCUUGGUGUUUGAGGCCCGUACCAGGCUCAAGGACCCCGUCUACGGCUGCGUGUCAACCAUGGCCGCGCUCCAGCAUCAGGUUAACCAGCUCCAGGCCGAGCUGUUGGCAGCCAGGGCGGAGAACGCCUCCCUGGGAGCCCAGCUGUCAGAGGUGAUGCUGCUGCUGUCCACCGUCACGCCGAGGGCGAGCACGAGCGCCCAGUCGCUGGAAGCCGGCAACUCCGUCGAUGUGGCCAUAACUAGUGCCUUUGACAGGUGUUAUUCUCCGGGACCCAUCGUGUCUUAACUUGCCGACGUUCGGCCCGAGGAAGAUAGAAAGUGCAGAAGGAAGCUGGAAGUAAUGGGCUGCAAAUAUGGUUGCAGGGUUAAGACACCUAGCACUCUAUGUCAGAUAUAAUAAUCUCAAGGUUUUAACAUUUUUAGUUAGUUAAUAUGGAGCGGAAUUCGACUUUUUCUCUCAUUGUAACUAGUUUUUUCCUUUUUAAUUUUAUUUGGGAAAAUCAGCUUGGGUGGGUGACUUUCGUCCCUCACAGUAUGACACGAGACAGAAGGUGAUUUAAAAUCACUGGGGAUCUCAUAUCCGAGAGAACUUGAGGUCGGACUUUCUGCCAUCUGACCUCAAGCCUGAGGUUUUUGCAAUACACUGAGGAAUUCAAAUCCUCCUUUUUA